AUGUCUAAAGCAAAGCUGUCGAAUUCGUCGUCUGUGUCCAUGGGUCUCUUUGAUCUCAAUCAAGACGUGCUCUUCGACAUCGUUUCCCAUCUAUCCACCCACGAUGCACUCACGUUCUCGCUCACGGCCCGUAGGCUUUGCGAUAUCAGCAGACGGCAUGCCCUUUCCAAUGUUUCCAUCCACGGCUUACGUAGGCUAUCCAAGUUUCGUGCGUUCAUCUUGGCGGGGCACGACGCCAGAUUGCAAUGGCUACGCAAGCUCUCAGUGAAUUCUACCGAUGAAAUUCAACAGUCGUCACAACAUAUCGCAUCUAUCCUCGCACAAGCUACUUCCUUGGUCAAUCUUUCUGUCGAUCCGCUUGAGUUGCUACUCCAGUACGAAUUUCGUGUCGGCACGGCACUGGCAGCCCUUUCUGGCCUGCGCCAGCUGCAACUGUUCCAACUAGGAGACAUGUCAUUUCAUAUGCUCCAGAAACUGCGGAGCGAUCCUAUAUCUCUUAGUUUCUCGACCCGGUCGACAAUCAUCACUUUUGCAGACUUGCUUGGCCAACUCAAGGUUUUCCAGCAUGUCGAGCACCUUGAGCUAGAGCUGCUCAGGCGGGCACCUAGCCGCCUUCACGUACACAACGCGCUGCUUGAAUGGCCCUCCGUGCGUCAAUUGUUCGUGUCGCCCUGCGAAGCGUCGAUUGAGUUUCUUGUCGCCGCAUUUCCCAACGUGCGCGCGCUCCAUCUGCGCGGCCGUUUCAUCCAGAAUAUCAAGGACAACCAGUCAACGGCGGGGUGGCGGAGUCUCGAUUACCUGGAAGUGCACGCCAAGUUUUUCGAGCACUGGCAUAUCACAUUCCCAGUUCACUAUCUCUCUGUCCACUUGGUCCUCGCUAUCCCCGCAGAGCUCUCACUAGGCGGGCCAGGACGCUAUUCUGAUGCGGACUUGGCAAACACGCUGGAUGUGGCGCAUAACGCGUCGCCGCGCGUGAUCACUCUGAGCGUGAUGGCGUACCAGAAGCUGGUGAACACAUUUUGGACUAGUCUUGUAAAAUCUGCACCCCGUCUGCGCUGCAUCGAGGUGGAAUUGUGCGAGAGUCAAACCAAGAAAGACUUUGGGUCCCAGCUUCGGACGCUGAUCGACGCACUCGCGCCGGUAUUUGCCUCGCUGAAGAGCCUGACACAUGUCCAAAUCUGCGUCGACUCUCGUUUCCAAGAGUUUAUGACUAUCGACGGACCGCGUGACUUCCGGUUGGCACUUUCACCGAGUCUUAGCAUCGCAAGGGGUUUGGCGAAUAUCUUGAUAGCACAGAUUCCAACGCUGCGCCUCGUAUCUGUCGGAUUUGGGGUAAGGGAACGACGCCAGAAUUGGGAUGCACUGCCGUUUAAAGGGGAAUUUUGGUGGUGGAAGGUGGUGUCAGAAGGAGAUCAGCGAGCUGCACAGCAGGUUGACACGUCCCUUGGAGAGCUAUUCCGAGCGCGAUAUUGCUCGACUCAGUAUGAUCCAACAUCCGAAGCUGUCGGCUGA